GUGCUGGUUCUCGGUAUGGUUGUCUUUUCCUCAACAGUGAGCUCGAUCACUGCUGCCACCAACAACCUUAAAGACAUCAACGCGGUCUACAAGCACCAGAUUUGGACUUUGCGCCGUUACUUCCGCGAGCAGAAGAUCUCUGCUCAACUUACCCACAGGGUCUUGAGAUACACGGAGUCGAUUGUCAAGCCCAAGUACCAGAAGGUCGAUGUGGGCCAGGUCAAAAUCAUGGCCAUGCUGCCGCAGAUGUUGACCAAGGAAGUCAACCUGGAGAUCUACGAAAAACACUUGGUUGUCCAUCCCCUCUUCCAAGCCCUCAGCGACCUCAACAUCAGCCUCAUGCAGAAGAUAUGUUCGAAUGCCCUGAAGGAAUCAGUCCUGGAUAAGGGUGAGAUGAUCUUCGGUCCGGGACAAGUUUGCACGGCGAUGUAUUUCGUAACGCUGGGCAUUCUGGAGUACUAUCUGUCGCAGGCUGCGCUGCCCAACAUCCUGGAGAAGCGAACAACGUUUUGCGAGGCGGUGCUGUGGACCCCAUGGGUUCAUCAAGGGAGGAUGUAUGCGCGCACUGAAUCAACAAUCAUUGCGAUGGACGCCAAGCAGUUCCACGAUGUAGCUUCUUCAUUCAGCGCAGACCUGGAGCUCUUGAAGGCUUAUGGGCGCGAAUUUGUUUUCUCCAUGAACGAAGUGGCUGGCAACUUCACGCCAGAGGAUCCGGAGGAUGACCAGGACCUCUCAGAUCUCUUCCAUUCAGAGAAAGCCAUGCAGACCUUGCCCGGCAAGCAAGCGUUUGCUGAGGGGAGCUACUACACCAAGCCGUAUCUUCACGGAUUCAAGGUUGUUCGUGACCUGAUGUCACCGACGAGCAGCCCGACCCUGGCACCGAAGAACAUGACGGAGAGCGACGCGCUGCAGCCUGUGAGUAACUCUCCAGAGGAUUACGAGUCAGCGGAGGUGGAGAGCAGUAAGUCCGACAUUGUUGGUGAGAGAUGUUGA